UUUUCAGCCACAUCUUAAGGUCUUCGUGUUACUGCGCUAACAUCAAUUUCCGAUCUACGUUGCAGCAAAGUAAUGAACAGUAGGUUUGGCCGCAAGAAGUCGAAAAAUCCCCCGUAUUUUUCUCAUGAGUUUAUUAUCACAAAUCAUGGGGACAUUGUUAGCGUUUUGGCAAUGAUAAUCAUCGUUGGUUUACUGCACAAGGGGACUCAUGUUUUGUCUUCAUCGUUCAUAUUCAUACAGUACAAUAACACCGAUGAACACCAAGAAAAUGCCUUAUUAUACAGUCCAGGAGCAAAAGAUUUAUGCGUAAUAUUUUUUUACACCCUAAUAUGUAUCGUGUGCCAUGCUGUACUUCAAGAGUAUAUUUUUGACAAAGUGACUCGAAAGUUAAGUUUGACAAAGGUCCGACUAGCUAAAUUCAACGAAUCAGCUCACCUUGCAUGCUUUUAUGCUUUGUCCACAGCUUGGGCCGUUUACAGUAUUAUUAAUGAAGGUUUUAUAGAAAACUUGAGCAGUCUGUGGGAUAAUUAUCCCCAAAGGUGGUUGCCAUUUUGGAUUAAGUUGUUUUUCGUCACUCAAAUUUGCUAUUGGCUUCACGACUAUCCGGAGCUAUAUUUCCAACGUGUCAAGAAUGAACUCAUACCUGCACGACUUUUACAUGCAACGAUAUAUCUUCUCGGUAUUUCUUUGGCUUAUGUUGGAGGAUUGACCAAAUUAUGUAUGGUUAUUCUCAUUCUUCACUACAGUACUGAUUUCUUCUUGCAUGUUUCUCGGGCAUUGCACCUUUCGGAGUACAAAUUUGCAUCCAUUGGCUUUACCAUAUGGAAUUUGACUUUUAUACCGGUGAGGAUGGCAUGCGUGAUACUUGGUUUUCUUACUUUGCACCAUGGUCUAGGAAAAAAUUCGAUAACGUUGGUCGAUAUUACCGAGGGGAACUUCAACACUCCGUCCAUAAGGAUUGCUGCAAUGCUAUUUUUCUUCACUGCACAAGCUUUAAUGGUGUGGAAUUUCAUAACUUUUCAUCAACGACAUCGUAGAGAUAAACAAUAUUCACAUACUACUUCUAAGAGUUGGUUCUUUAGUAGUCACGAUUCUGCGCAACGGAAAAAGGAUAAGAAAAAAGUUAAACGUGACGAUGAAGAUACAAGCGAUCAAACAGAAACUGAUCAGAAUAGCCAACAAAAAGAAUUAAAACGACGCAAACCAAUUAAAAUGCGUUCUUCAUAGUAGUUAGUAAUCUCUUCUUCUUAUUAUUCAAAAAAAAUAUACUUUUUUUUCUCCUCAUCUAUAAAAUGGCCUUCUUUGUUUCUUUCUAUACUUUCAUUCAUUAACAAAAUAAAAAGUGAAUAUUAUUGUACUGUACAAGUUGUGUAUUGUGUGUAUGAUUUGGUCUAUUUUAAUUUUUUUUGCCUUCUCUCUCACUUGUAAAUUGUUGAUUAUUAUUUCCAUUGUUUUAAGAAUUAAAAAGAAAAUGUUUGUGUUACAUAAUAAUUGGAAUGAAUGCAACAUCAGGAAUGCUUAUUUACUUAUUUUUUUUUUAAUGUCACAUUAUGAUGUGAUGUUAUUAUCAUCAUCAUCAUCAAAAAAUUAAGCUCCUUUUCUUUUUUGAUUAUAGUUUUUCUCUACAAAAUCAUCUCUUCAUUUCUUUUUUUGUUUGUGUGUGUGCUGGUUAAAUAAAUUGAAUGGAUUAAUUUCUUCUUUCUAAACCAAAUUGUAUUAUAUUCAAAGUUUAAAUAUUAUAAAAUCUUACAAAAUUUGGUGAUUCA